AUGAUGAUGAUGAAUACCCUGAGAACCGGUUCCCGGUCCGCCAAUCAACUCCUGAAGCAGACUACCUCCUCCCAACGUCUGCUUCUUCCUCCUCCUUCUUCCGCCACCGCCGUCCGUCACUUCUUCAGCCGUCGCCGGGAUGGUUCGGAAGGGAGUUACGUGAUUCAUACGCCGUUCGCUUGGCCGAUUCACAUGGUGCCGGAGAAGAGAGCCUAUGUUAUUGAGCGAUUCGGCAAGUACCUGAAGACGAUGGAACCUGGUCUUAAUUUCUUGAUUCCCUUUGUGGACAGAGUCUCCUAUGUUCAAUCUUUGAAAGACACGACUAUCCCCAUUUCCCAGCAGUCUGCCAUUACUAAGGACAAUGUUUUCCUCUCCAUCGAUGGCGUUCUCUAUGUUAAGAUUGUUGACCCUAAGUUGGCGUCGUAUGGAGUUGAGGACCCAAUAUUUGCUGUUAUUCAACUUGCUCAGACUACAAUGCGCGGUGAGCUUGGCAAGAUUUCAUUAGACAAGUCUUUUGAGGAGAGGGAUUCCCUCAAUGAGAAGAUAGUGCUAGCCAUUAAUGAGGCAGCAAAGGGUUGGGGCUUGAAGUGUCUGCGUUAUGAAAUAAAGGAUAUAUCCCCUCCUAAAGAUAUAAAGGUGGUCAUGGAAAUGCAAGUUGAAGCAGAACGGAAGAAACGAGCUCAAAUUUUGGAAGCAGAAGGUUUAAGGCAAGCAACUAUACUUGCUUCAGAGGCUGCAAGGUUGGACCAGCUCUUUUACACAUUCUACCACGGCAAUGAAGAUACUAUGUCUAAAUUUGAUUGUUUUAUUAUAUCUGAUGACUUGGAUUAUCUUUUUCUGAUAGGUCUAAGGCAAGCAACCAUACUUGCUUCGGAGGCUGCAAAGUUGGACCAGAUUAAUAGAGCAGAAGGUCUAAAGCAAGCAACUAUUCUCGCUUCGGAAGGCAACUAUAAUGUUCGAGAAGCUGAAGCUAUAUCCAUAGUGGCAGCGGCGCUUAAGAAGAAUGGAGGUUUUGAGGCUGCAAGUCUUAGAGUUGCUGAACAGUAUUUCAGUGCUUUUGCAAAGAUUGCCCAAGAGAGUACAACAAUGUUGCUUCCUGCCAAUGCCACUGACCCUGCUAGCAUGGUGACUCAAUCAUUGGCUUUAUACAAGCGAUUGAUUGUUGAUAAGCAGAAUUUGGGUCAUGAUGCACUCUUGGAGGAUCUGAAAUCGGCACCCACAUCAUCUUCUGAAUCAUCAUCCAUGGAGAUAAUUGAGUAG